AUUAUCUCCAAAAAGAAGCAAUUAAGCAUCUCAAGGACAUGUGGAGCAUAGUUUUUGUGAGUAACAAAGAUUAAUUAGUAUUUAAUUAAUCUUUGUGCUAGCUUAAGUAUCAUUAAGCACCAAAUUAAAAGAGAUAUUAAACUAAUCAAAUCAAAGGAUUCUUGUUGACCAAAUUCUAAAGAACUUUUAAAGCAGUGAAUCGAAAACUCUUCUCCCAAGCCAUGUUGGAAGGCAACGCGGGCUCUGCAACUCCCCUCGGCGGAGCGCCACUCUGGCUCCCCGGAAAGAAGAUGGAAGAAGCCGGCUUCAUGGCGGCGGCACCGGUGUCUUCGAGAGCCCUGGAGAUCGCCAAAAGCCGCGAGGAGCUGCUCCUGCUCCUGCAUGACGUCCCUGAAUCCGAGUACGAGCUCUCCCUCACCGACCUCGUCGAGCGUCGCUCUCUGGCUCCAGCGGCUGGCAAGGAUCAGAAAGGCUCGCCGCCGGUGGCGCGGAAGGAGAAGAAGAAGAAGAAGAGGAGAACCAGCAGCGGCGGCGGAAGCAGCAGUGACGGAGUUCUGCUCAACUUGUACCUACCGUCGUCCUUGUCGCGGAGCCUGACGACGCCGACGAACGGUAGCCGCCGCCGCCCGGCGGCGGCGAAAGAAGAAGACGGCAAGAAGAGGGAUGCAAAACUGAGGAGUGUUGGGUGUUGGAGUGGCCUAUGGCAGAGAGGGAAGAAAAAGAGCUAGCCAUGGCUGAGAAAGCUUGAACUGAACCAUGGCCUUCAUUCUCAUUCUGAUAGACUCUCACCAUUUACAGAGCAACAGCAAAGCUUAUGCUUGGAGUUCUAACAUCUGUUUACACUUUUUUUUGUUUUUUGUAUUUUGUUUUUUGUUUUUUGGUUUUUGUUGUGGGUUUUGUUUGAUUACCAAUUACAAAACAAACAGUAUGAAUGAAUGUUUGGAUAAACCU